GAACAAGAAGAAUACAAAGAAAAUCCCGUCACGACCGCAGCGGAUAAUGCUGAAUGGGCAAAAUAAAGUGCAACCAUACGCAAUUAAUAUAUAGCGUGAGACAUAUAUACGUCGCAAAUCAAAUAAAUAAUACGUAGAUAAACCGUUGAAAAACAAUAAAAUGGGAUGCAAGUGGUGGGCGAGUUCUCCUUGUUGGAAGUACAUUUGCUCCCAUCGCGUAUUUCUGUGCUCCUUAACAGAUGUAAUUGCAUUUGGUACAAGCUGAGCCGACUUGUUUUUGGCCCCGAUGCAAGUUUUCUGCCCUUUGUACGACCACCAUUCUCAAAGCAGUGGGUGUAGCAACAAUAUUCAAAUAUUUCACCUGGGAAAUUUCCAUCUAGGUGGAACUUCAUUAGCAGGUGUUGUAUAUAUAUAGGCUAUUUCCCAAAAAUUUAUAUUAUGAAAAAUUCUGCCAAUAUAUAUACAUAUUUUUAAAAUACUUAUCAAUCGGGGUGAGCAUGGGAAAUGAAAGGGUGAUGCACACCCCACCCCUGACACCCAGCUGCCUUGCCACAUUAAAAUAAACUUGAGGGAGGAGGCUACAAAGAGCCAUUAAGUAAUAAAAUCCGGGGCAAAGGGAGGUUAACGAUGAUCUGAGAAAUCUCCACGGUACGAGACCAAGUGGAGAGAGAGAAAGACGCAAACUUUAAAUAUAAAGCAGCCGUAAGGCGAGCGAAAUAACAUAUAGCCACGGUGGCACCCAAUCCAUUGCUCUGUCUAACCAUCGACACCAACUUGUGCGCUGCGCUCUGGAAGGAUGAGUUUAUCUCUCGAUACUCAUCUCAUGAAUGAGCCACCGCAGCUGAGGCUCACCGAUUUAUAUCAACAACAACACUCAUUUCUUUAAAUUAAUAUAUUUGUUAAAAUAUUACAUUCAUUUGAUACAUUUUGUUCGUGUCAAGGUGUGUACUGUAACAAUGUUAACCUUGAAGCUGCUGUUUGCACACCAAGGACACGGGUUUACAUUCCAAGCAGUGUCUCGUGAUGUCAGUGACAACAAUGAAAAUAUUUUAAGAAUUUUACUUCCUUCUUCACCGUCGCUAUAAGAGAGAGGUCUUGGUCCAGAGUCUCUCUGAGCAACACAGCGAGCGAUCCCAGUGAAGCUCAUGGGUCAUGGCAAGCGCGACUCCCAUUGAGAGUGUGGAUAGUGAGCUGCGCUGCUCCAUCUGCCUGGGCACGUUUGUCUGCCCCUCCACACUGAGCUGCGGACACUCGUUCUGCCUGCUGUGCCUGGAGGCCGCCUGGGAGACGGCGAGCAGCUUCAGCUGCCCGCAGUGCCGAGCGACCUUCCCUGUGCGACCCCAGCUGAGGAGGAACGUGGCCAUCGCCAACCUGGUGGAGCAGCUCAGAGUUGGAGACGGGAUGGCCGCGGUCGUCAUGUGUGACAUCUGCGGUGACGGCCACACUCCUGCAGUGAAGACCUGCCUGAGAUGUGAGAUGUCCUACUGUUUUUCUCACUUUAGGACUCACGUGGAGAAUCCCAGGUUGAGAGACCACGCCGUGGUGGAUCCCACUGCGAGCUUGGACGAGAGAAGAUGCCGUAAUCACAAACGGGAGCUGGAAUUCUACUGCACAGUAGAUAGAAGCCUGGUUUGCUCGUCUUGCACCAUCGCAGGUGAACACAAAGGACAUGAUGUCACCAUGCUGAAGGACGAGCACGAGACACGGAAGGUGAGGCCCUCAGAGUGAGACACCAUAACAUGAUCUGAUCAAUUCUGUCACUCGGCUACACAACAUCUGAUGAAAAAAACUUUCGAGUGUUCAUGCUCUCUUGAACAUCUGCCUCUCUGCCUGUGUAGGUAAUUUUCUGGUUUGCAUUUCAGAAAAGAGCCUCAGGAUGUAUUAAAUCCUAGGCUUUCAUCAAACAUAAUUGCCGUAUAAAGAAAUUAAGUGAACAGAGAUUUGAGACUAAUAUUACAUCCACCUGAUAGACAAUUAUAUCAAAUAUAUCUUCUAAACGAGACAGCUGUGGGCACAUGGGCUCU